AUGGGCCCAGGUUACCUGCUCCUGGGGAUGGGUUUCGGGGUCUUGUCCAUCCUGUACUAUGCACAUCAACCGCAGAAGAUGACGAAUCUCAAGUUCGACGCAGAAUUUUGGGCCGUUGCCGGUCCCUUUAUCGCAAUUCGACCGCCGAGGAGGCCGACCAACGCCUUGGAGCUCCGCAGAUCUGUCAAUGCCGGCCUGUCUGCCGUUCUCGGGGACGCCUUGCCAGACGGCAUCGUCGAGACCAGACAUGAUGUCAAAUCCUUUGACGGCGCAACGAUCGCGCUGUACGAAUUCGCGCCAGAGGCCAAAGAGACCAGCGGGAAGCAGCCGGCAUUGAUCUACGUCCACGGGGGCGGCAUCGUAGGCGGAGACAUAGAGCCGUACAGCAGGCCGCUCCCCGCGAGGGCCGCCUUGGAGACCGGGCUGCGCAUAUUCGCUGUCGAGUACCGUUUGGCCCCUGAGUUCCCGUACCCGACGUCCACUGAGGACUGCUACGCGUCUCUCGUAUGGCUGAGCCAGAACGCGGAAACCCUCGACAUCGAUCCUGCGCGCAUCGGGUUCUACGCGCUCAGUGCCGGCGCCGGCAUGGCGGCGGGCGCCGCCAUGAUGGCCCGCGACCGGGGUCUGUCGCCGCCGCUGGCGAAGCAGAUACUCGUCUAUCCGAUGCUCGACGAUAGGACCAGGGCCCUUCCAGAAAACCCACUCUCCCAGUUCCUCACUUGGACAGACACCUCGAACCAGAUCAGCUGGAACGCGUACCUUGGCGAGGGCAAGGCAGGAGGGCCAGAAACGGCCGCGUACGCGGCGCCUGCGCGAGCCGUCGACGUUUCAAACCUGCCGCCAACUUACAUAGAAGUGGGCGGGGUCGACCUCUUCUGUGCCGAGGCGGUUGCAUUUGCCAGUAGGCUUGCCUCGGCGAACGUCCAGAUGGAGCUGCAUGUGUAUCCGGGUCUUCCACACAUCUUCGACUUGUAUGCUCCCAUGAUCAGCUUGACUCAACGAGCAAAGGAGAAUCGUGCACGAGCAGCAAAAAGCUUAUAG